AUGGCGGCGGCCAGUGCCGGACUGGCGGCGAACGUUUUCCCGUUCCGCGAUAUUCGCUCUGCGCCGGACCCAGUGCUGGAGGCAGGCCCAGUGGCAUACGGGCCGCUGCCGGUGCCGCUGGUGCUGGACAACGGGUCGUUUCAGGUCCGUGCUGGCUGGGCAUGUCCUGGGCCGGACCCUGGCCCUGAGCCGCGCCUGCAGUUCCGUGCGGUGUGCGCCCGCGGUCGUGGUGCGGCUCGGGGUGGGCCGGGCCCGCAGGUGGGCAACGCGCUAGGCAGCCUGGAGCCGCUGCGCUGGAUGUUGCGCUCGCCUUUCGACCGCAACGUGCCAGUUAACCUGGAGCUACAAGAGCUGCUGCUUGACUACAGUUUCCAGCACCUGGGUGUUUCCUCGCAGGGCUGUGUUGAUCAUCCCAUAGUUUUGACAGAAGCUGUAUGCAACCCCCUGUACUCACGGCAGAUGAUGUCUGAGCUUCUUUUUGAGUGCUAUGGGAUACCAAAGGUCGCCUAUGGGAUAGACAGUCUGUUCAGCUUCUACCACAAUAAGCCAAAGAACUUGAGUUCCAGUGGGCUCAUCAUUUCAUCUGGAUACCAGUGUACACAUAUUUUACCCAUCUUAGAAGGGAGUUUCCUUGAAGAAUUGCAGAAAUGGCGGUGCCCUGACUAUUACGAGAACAACGUCCACAAGAUGCAGCUCCCGUUUUCCAGCAAGCUCCUUGGCAGCACUCUGACCUCUGAGGAGAAACAGGAAAGGCGGCAGCAACAGCUGCGGCGACUGCAGGAGCUCAACGCCCGCCGGCGGGAGGAGAAGCUGCAGCUGGAUCAGGAGCGCCUGGAUAGACUGCUCUAUGUGCAGGAGCUUCUAGAGGAUGGCCAGAUGGAUCAGUUUCAUAAAGCCCUGAUAGAGCUGAACAUGGACUCCCCAGAGGAGCUGCAGUCCUACAUACAAAAGCUCAGUUCAGCAGUGGAGCAAGCGAAGCAGAAAAUCCUGCAAGCAGAAGUCAGCCUUGUGGUGGAUGUGGUGGACAGCAAGCCAGAGACCUCUGACCUGGAGCAGCUGGAGCCGUCCCUGGAAGAUGUGGAAAGCAUAAAUGAUUUUGAGCCCUUGUUUUCAGAGGAAACUCCUGGAGUGGAGAAGCCAGUUGCCGCCAUCCAGCCCGUGUUUAACUUGGCAGCAUAUCAUCAGCUGUUUGUUGGAACAGAAAGAAUUCGCGCUCCCGAAAUCAUCUUCCAGCCGUCUCUCAUAGGAGAAGAGCAGGCUGGGAUAGCAGAGACUCUUCAGUACCUUCUGGACAGGUAUCCAAAGGACGUCCAGGAGAUGCUGGUUCAGAAUGUGUUCCUCACUGGCGGGAACGUGAUGUAUCCCGGGAUGAAAGCCAGGAUCGAGAAGGAGCUGUUGGAGAUGAGGCCUUUCCAGUCUUCUUUCCAGGUUCAGCUUGCCUCUAACCCCGUGCUGGAUGCCUGGUAUGGUGCUCGUGACUGGGCUUUGGACCACCUAGACAACGAGGAUGUCUGGGUCACCAGGAAAGAGUAUGAAGAAAAGGGAGGGGAGUAUCUGAAGGAGCACCGUGCGUCCAACAUCUACGUCCCCAUCCGCCUGCCAAAGCAGGCUUCACGGUUCUCGGACACCCAGGCAUCUGGCAAAGGCCCGGGGGCCGGCGGAAGCAGUGCUGGCGAGCAUGUGUAG